GUCAUCGCUGGCCAGAUCACUGACAAAUUGACGUGGUUGACGAUUGAUUAGGAUUGGCUAUAAGUUUUUCUCUGCAAGCCUUUUGCAAUUCUUCUAGCUAGGGGUUGCGAAAGAAAAGAAAACCAAUAUAGAACAUAGAACAGUGGCGAACAAUUUCGGAUUGCUUAUCACCGUGGGAUUAGCCACAGUGGGAAGCAGCACAUCUGCACCUGGCCUCGAUUAUCUGCACUCAAUUAUUCAUUGUAAUCGGCCGAAUAGUGGCAGCAGAAAUCGGGCGGAGAAAUGGUGUAAUGUAACAUAGGGACAGGAAGGGUAGAAGUUUUCUGCUGAAAGUAGUCAGCGUAUGUUUUUUUCUGCUGCGUGUGAUCUUUUGCAAUCUUCCCCCCUGUGAAAGGGAGUAGCUAGCUAGCUUUUUUCUCUGUUGCAAUCGGUGGCGAAUUAUUUCAUGAUCUGCUUGCUGAGAAGCAUCCAAAACAGUAUUUAUUCAAGGAGCAAAAUUACGAAGCAUAUAACGACGCUUCCAAAACAGCAUGAUGAAUGAAGAGGUAGCUCCCAGUAGAAAUGUCGUGGUGCAAUUCUUCAAAAGGAUCUCCCAGCUCUAUCAGCUCCAACUGGACCGGUGGACACCUCACACCAGGCUUCGGUGGGGAGCGGCAAUUUUCCUAGUGUUUCUCUUCCUGCUUCGAGUAAUCACCAAACAGGGCUGGUAUAUAGUGACAUACGCGCUUGGCAUCUACCAUCUGAACCUGUUCAUAGCGUUUCUCACGCCCAAAAUUGAUCCCGCGCUGGAUCUAGACGAUGAUCAGGGCCCCGAGCUACCCACCAAAGCCAACGAGGAAUUUCGGCCGUUCAUCCGGCGGUUGCCUGAGUUCAAGUUCUGGUACGCCGUGAGCAAGAGCACCGUGAUCGGAAUCAUCUGUACCUUUUUCGAGGCGUUCAACGUUCCGGUGUUUUGGCCGAUUCUGGUCAUGUACUUUAUCACGCUGUUCUGCAUCACCAUGAAGCGGCAGAUCAAGCACAUGAUCAAGUACCGGUACCUUCCCUUCACCCACAGUAAGCCCCGCUACCAGGCGGUGCCGACGGAAAAGUGACAAUUAAAAGCACAAACCUUGCCAGCGUCAUCAUCUUCUUCGUCCGUGUCUGCGUCCGCUGGGUCCGCCGCUUCGGUAGAUGCCUCCAGCGUACAAACUCCAGCAACUGCAACCGCUGCUACUUCCGGGGUGGUGGUUCCAUUUUCCGCGGCAGCCGCGGCUGGCCCCGCCAAGGGACCAGUCUCGAUAUCGAUCGUCUAGGAAUAUGAGGGGGGAACAUACUGGAACAGCAUCAACUCGCGGAAGUAUUGGGCCAGAUAAUGAUAGAGGGAGGAGAGUCCAAGCCUGGAAUCAAAAUUAGAAUGAAUGAUUGCGGUCGGAUGCACUAGGAUUUCAAGGCUUUUAUUUAUUGUUUAUGAAUUCUGUUGUAUUUUUUUCCUUUUGUUUUGUCGGUAAUAGCGUUUCAGUUGAUUUGUAAUGUUUCCCUUCAGUUGCAUUAUGGUAGAAGAGUGACGAAAGAACCUAAAGAACAACACUCGGCAUUGAUUUGUGCUUACGUCGAACAAUACUACAAUUUAGAGGAAGAGUGAGAAGAAGAGACACACCGUUUGUUUUAGGGCGAUUCUUAAUCGAACGUAUGUUAUAAUGAAAUUUCAAAACAACCAAAAAUAGUUUGGUAUAAUCAUUUGGUUAAACGAGAAAGUAACACGUACCAAUUAUUUAACAACUAUUAUAAAUGUUAUGUUAAACAUUUCCUUUCGGGAACGUUCAGCGCAAGGCUUGAACAUUCUCGGGCUAUUCUAUCGAUAGUAAUUAUUGUUUUUCUUUCUGCCUUAGUUGAUUAAUUAGUAGGUGGCCGUUGAUUUAGUUUUAAACCUUGAUUACCCCUCCCCCCAUCUCCUUUCGUCUCUGCUAAAUUCGGAAGUUCCUUCCCAGACUCUGUAUCGAAGCAUUAAGGUUAAAAAAUUCUACAAAUGUUUGUUGUCGCGUUUAUCUGCAUUAUGUGUACUAAUUAGACCGUUGCGUCAAUCCGCGUUUCUGUAACCUACAAUCAAGUAGCUAAUUCAGUUGAACAAAUCAUUCGAACCGAACCGUCCUACCGGACGGAAAAUAACACUUGUAUUUCAAGUAGUUUAGUUAAGUAUACUGAGUGGCAAACAACAAGGGUUAACCUUUUCUCAUUGAAUCCGGAUGCUAGAGGGAUAUCGGGGAGCGAGUAUGGCAGAUUAUGUAUGAAAAAAAACGAAAAUAAAAAACAGAACAAAAAUCAAUUUGUUCCUUGGAAAAUCUUGAGACAAAUGUGUGCAGAAACUAAGCAAAGUAAAAAUUUUACAACAUGAUUGUAUUAAGGAACAACUUGGAUAACCAAAUAAACAUUGAAAUCAAAUAA